AUGAACAACAAUAAUGCUGAAGUUGUGGUCCUGUCGGGCUCCAACUUUAAGAGAUGGAAGGAAGAUCUUGAAUUUGCUUUAGGCAUGGCUGACAUAGAUCAGGCUUUGCGUGAAAAUGAGCCACCAGCUCUUACUGACUCUAGCACUGCUGCUCAAAAGGAACAUUAUGCUAGGUGGGAGAGAUCUAAUAGGCUAUGCAUCCUUGCCUUUAAGAGAUCAAUUGCUGAGCACCUCAAGAGUGGCUUGCCUGAAACCACCAAUGCUAAGAAAUUUCUUGCCCAAGUUGAAGAAAGGUACCUUGUAUCCAAUAAGGCUGAGACCGGAGAUCUAAUGAGUAAACUCGCGGGGAUAAAGUAUGACAAUUCUGGGGGGGUUAGAGAUCAUAUACUUAAGAUGGUCCACAUCCAGUCGAAACUAAAAGCUCUUGACAUAACUCUUCCUGAUCCUUAUAUUGUUCACUCUGCACUUAACUCCUUACCUGCUGAGUUUAGCCAAAUGAAAACUGCCUAUAAUACUCAAAAUGAAGCUUGGUCAAUCAAUGACCUUAUCUCUAAAUGUGUUGUUGAAGAAGAGAAAAUUAGAAGAGAGAAGGGUCAGAUAGCCUUGUUUGUUUCCCAUGAUUCCAGAAGCUAG